CCCAGCUCAAAAAAAAACCCUUUUAGCGCCAUGUGCGCUCUCCCGCCAAAACCCGUUGCAACAGACCGAAAUUGCAACCAUCUGUUACACAUGAUAAGCCUCGCACAAUGCAAAUCAGUCGAAAACGAGUGCCAGAACACGGCUAGUGGACGUCAGGCUUUGCGGGGAAAAAACACUAAUUUAGGCUUUAACAAACAACUCUACAAACUUUUAAGCUUAUUCAACUUUUAACUGCCGUUAAAGAAACACAAGCACAUCAAACCUAGACCCCUUGCAGUCGAUUACAUUUAAAAAUGAGGGAGUGAAAGAAAGCGUUUUAAACGACCGUGCACUCCGUCCUCUAAAACAUUUCGCAAUAACUUUUACCCCCCCGUCCAGAUCCAAUCCCUUUCGAGCUAGCAGCUAGUCCAAAUCCCGCCCCAGAAAACAAACAACAAUAAAAAAACCCUUAUCAAUUAGUAACUUAUAUUUUCUCAUUGAGGUCAUUAGAGUGAAUUAUUUAUUACAAUAAUUUUACGAUCCAAAACUUUUACUUCAAAAAUGAAAAGAUUUUAGAUGGUUUUAAAAUCGUUAAAAGUGUUUAAUGUUUCUUUCUUGGGACGAGUUAAAAAAAAUGUUGGUGGGUGUAGUUACUGUCAGUCAAGAAGUUGUUUCGCUUGCCCACAAGCUUGGCUGAUUUAAAUACCAGAGAUCCGCCUACGGAUGGAAGGGAAAUUAUUUAUGGCAGAUGUCGGACUGCGAGUUGCUAAAAGUCUGUAGGUGAAUUUAGCAGAGAGAGGAAAGAAAAAUAAUAGCAGCCGGGGACUCGCAGUGGUCGAUCGACUAGAUCUAAGUCAACCCGUCCCGUCUCCGGCCGCCAGUCUCUCCUCUCCGCCGCGUGGCCCUGCUCGCUGUUAACAUCGGCAAUGUCCACGAAAUUAGUCUCUUGUUUCUACGAUAUUGGAGAAGCUUUAUGCAAGAACAAGAUGAUGAGCUACAACAGCAACACGGGGGUGCCCCUGCUGGACAGAAAAGCGGUCGGGACACCAACGCUGGUCGAUUACCAGAGGCGGCAUUCGGUCACCUUCGGCAACACUAACUCCAAGUUCACGCAGAACCAGCUCCUCAACAGCCUGAAGCUGGAGCAGACCGGCGGCGGGGGAGUGGCCAACAAGGAGAACAAGUUCCGUGACCGCUGCCUUUCGGAGACGGGCCUGCAGAAGCCCCAGGGCCAGGUGAACUCCAGCCGGUACAAGACGGAGCUGUGCCGCCCCUUCGAGGAGAACGGCUCCUGCAAGUAUGGCGACAAGUGCCAGUUUGCCCACGGCAUCCACGAGCUGAGGAGCCUUGCGCGCCACCCCAAGUACAAGACGGAGCUGUGCCGCACGUUCCACACCAUCGGUUUCUGCCCCUACGGACCCCGCUGCCACUUCAUCCACAACGCGGAGGAGCGGAGAUUGUCACCCGCCCAUGAGCAGCAGCACCAGCUCCCCCUGUCCUCCUCCAACAAGGUGGACAGGCCCUGCCUGCAGCACAGCUACAGUUUCUCCGGCUUCUCCAGUUCCUCCAACAGGCUGCUGGACAGUCCCACCUCCAUCACCCCGCCGCCCAUCUUCACCGCGGAAGAACUGAGCUCCUCCCCCACCCUGCCAAACUGCGCCAGCAACCCCUUCACCUACUCGAGCCAGGAGCUGGCCAGCCUCUUCGCGCCCAGCAUUGGCAUCCAGGUCCCCUUGGCGUCCACCGCUGGCACCACCGAGGGCAGCUCCCACUCCCCGACUUCGUUCCUGCUCCGGCCACUGGCCGAGUCGCCACAGUUCUUUGAGACUUCGCCCAGUCCCCCCGACUCGUUGUCCGAUGAUUGCCUCAGCAGCUCCGGCAGCAUAAGCGGCUCGGAGUCGCCCAUCCUUGACUUCAACAAGCGCCUCCCCAUCUUCAGCAGACUCUCCAUCACGGACGACUAGCUCAGUUCCUCCUGCCCCAUCCCAAAGAGCCGAGGAGCUGUCAGCAGAAAUGAAACGUAGCCCUAAUCUGAACAAGCAUUUAAGAUGGACCUUUUAUUCCUUAAUGUACCAGUUAGCCAGCUUUUGACCCACUACCCAGGUUAGAAUUGACUUGCCAGCUAUGUACCAUAUCCGCUGAUGACCUACAAUGCAACUGUUGAAUUUUUCACUGUGAUCAGCAGGGGUACUGCACAAUUAAUUUAGCUCUUUCUGUUUUGUGUGAUCAGAAAUUCAGAUUUUGGAAAUGUUUGGUUUCCUGACGUGUCAGCAGUUUUGGGAUUUGCAGAGCAUGUUCGUCCCAGUGUAAUCUGGUAGGCUUGGACUGCCCGGUCGGAUCGGCCCAGUUGAGUUGAGGCACUUUGUUGGAAGAGUUUGACGUCAAACAGCUGCCUACCUGCCGGACUGUAGAAGUUUGUGUGUUGUGUUAAAGAGCCGCACGGUGUAAUUUCCCGUCGCUCACUGAGAGAGACUGUUGAAGUAGCAGAACCUAGAUGUGAUACCCCUUUGCUGUAACUUUUCUGUGCCCUCCCCACUGGAGCUGCUGUACCUGUCUGUGACAGAAGCCUCUCUACCCCCUGCCAGAGUGCCUUUGCACAGCUAAGUGGGGAUGUGCCGAUAAACAUCCUACCCUGAUGCCUUUGUGACCAGAAAAUGAACCGGGUAUCAGGACACCUCUACUCACUCACCCACCCUUACAAACCUCCCAUUAGUAGCAACCCUGCUUACCUCAUCCCUCACCCUGUUUCACCCUUCCUUCAGAGCCCUCCAAUGACAAUCCACCAAUACCGAGACUGAAUUUGACAAGCAUGGUGCUGAUUGCCUCCAUUAUGGCAGCUGGGAUUGACAGUGGCUGGUGACUUUCUAUUGCGAUUCUGGUUGGCUUGUUUCCGAGCACCCAUUGGAGGAAACAAAACAACUGUAGCAAUUAGCCAUUUCUUUGUGUUGGGGAAGGGGACAGGGAUAACUUCCUUGCAGGGGUUUAAAAAAAAUAGUUGGAUGGUCAGUAUUCCAGCUUCCAAAUGGGUGGGGAGGGGAAGGUGAGAGAUACAAUAUAACCAAGCUAGUCCUUAGCUUUUGGCUUGUGCCAAGUUAAUUCAUUUUAUUUCCUUCUUUUUAUCUCCUUUUAAAAAAAGUUCCGCAGAACAUUCAGAAAGGAUUUAAAAUAUCGCUUGUCACUGCAUUCACUUACACAUACACACAAAAAAAUGCUUAUUUAACUUAUCAAAAACAUAUUUAUUGCAAAACAUAUGCAUUUUUGUUUGUAUUUAUCACAAUGACGAACGAUAGAAAUAUAUUUUUCUUUUAUGUUUAAAUUAUGAUCAUUAAUCUUAAAAUUGUGAGGUUUUUCCUUUUCUUAUUUUCGUUUUGACAGUUUAAUAUAUUAUACUACAAUGACGAGGGUUUUUGUAACUUUACUGUUCAGUUAUUUUAUUUAAUAAAAAAGUAAUUUAAAAACACAAAAACAUUUUGAAUUUAUUUAUUUUUUAGUUUCCCCUCCCUGCCCCCUUCCUUUCUAAGAUAAAAUAGUGUUUUUCUCAUGUAUUUUUAUGUCAGCCUUGUGCUUACUGCCUUUUUGCUCUUGUUGCCAACGAUGGCCUUUAUUUUAGGAUUUUGGGUCAGCUUCCACAAUGCAAGAGAGUUAAGAAAAUGCAGAUUCAGUACUGUGACACAAAAGUGCCUGUUGAAUACAUUCCAAGCAUCGAUGUGUGCUUUCCAUGUAAUUAAUACUUGUAUUGAUAGGUCCUGCCCUCUUUUAGAGAAAAACAAGCAGGACUUGGCACAAAGAGAAAUUGAAUGUAUUUUUUUUCUCAGUUGUUCACUACAUUUGUUUAUUUUUAAUGUCUGUUUAUACAGAAUGCUUUUGUAAUGACUGGUUCUGAUGUAAACCAAUAAACCCCAAUGUUCUUUUUCCAAAAUGUGGUAAC